CCAGACAUAACUGAACAGCUUUAAAAUCACACCGACACAUUAACUAAAGGCGUGGUGCUCCUUUGCUGCCCUUUUUAACCAGACAACCAUCUUUUUCCAUCCAGAUGUUGAACCAAUGAGAAAUCGUGCUGAUUCCAGUGAAGGAAGGAGGCGGAGGAAAGAAUGCAGCAGCAAGAUGCUCAUUAUUAUGGCUGUCCAACCCAGUGGCGACUAGAUAAAACAACCAUUCUCAUGUAAGAUUUACGAGGAUGAUUUGCACCAUGUCCGCUGCAGCUGUCGCGGUAUGGCUCGGAACGGUGUACAUUGUGCAUGCCUAUGAUGCUACACGCAACGCUUUACAUGGGAGAAAUGUCCAUGUGGAGCGGUCCAUGGCCUUGAAGCAGAGAACAGCCCUGUACAAAGAUGUGGUCACAAUCUUGUCGAGGUCACAUGCAGACCGUAAUGUGUACCCAUCUGCAGGAGUGCUGUUUGUCCAUGUUCUGGAGAGAGAGCACUUUAAAGGAGAGUUCCCUCCUUACCCCAAAUCAGGUGAUGCCAGCAAUGACCCAAUCACUUUCAACACCAACCUGAUGGGCUUCCCUGACAGGCCAGGCUGGUUGCGCUACAUCCAGAGGACUCAGUUUAGCGAUGGCGUGCUCUAUGGAUCUCCCACUGCAGAGCACGUUGGCAAGCCCACUGUCAUAGAGAUUACUGCCUAUAACAGACGUACGUUCGAGACGGCACGGCACAAUUUGGUCAUAAACAUCAUGGCUACAGAAGAGUUCCCACUGCCUUACCAAGCUGAGUUUUACAUCAAAAACAUGAAUGUGGAGGAGAUGCUGGCCAGUGAGGUGCUGGGAGACUUCCUUGGUGCAGUGAAGAACGUAUGGCAGCCCGAGAGGCUCAAUGCAAUCAACAUUACCUCAGCACUGGACCGUGGGGGUCGUGUACCUCUGCCGAUCAACAACCUGAAAGAAGGUGUUUAUGUGAUGGUUGGUGCUGACGUUCCCUUCUCGUCAUGCCUGCGGGAGGUGGAAAACCCACAUAACCAGCUGCGCUGCAGUCAGGAGAUGGAGCCUGUCAUCAGCUGCGAUAAGAAAUUCAGAGCUCAGUUUCACAUCGACUGGUGUAAGAUUUCCCUGGUUGACAUCAACAAAGUAGUCCCUGUAUAUAUCAGCCGUCCUGAUCCUGGUAUGGGGAUUCUGCCUGACUUUGGGGAAUACAACCCCCCAUCUGAGUCUCUAAAGAGCCGGGACUACUUUUCCGACUUCCUCAUCACACUGGCUGUCCCCUCCGCUGUGGCACUAGUCCUCUUCUUCAUCCUCGGCUAUGUUAUGUGCUGCAAACGGGAAGGGGUGGAAAAAAGAAACAUGCAAACACCAGACAUCCAGCUGGUUCACCACAGUGCCAUCCAGAAGUCCAGCAAGGAGUUGCGGAGCAUGUCCAAGAACCGCGAGAUCUCCUGGCCUCUGUCCACCCUGCCAGUCUUCAACCCAGUGAGCGGCGAGGUGGUACCGCCCAUCCACCCUGACAACUAUGAGACCACCAGCAUGCCUCUAAUGCAGACACAGGCGAAUCUGCAAAACCAGAUUACGAUACCACAGCAGCGGCCAUCAGGAGAUAAUUAUGUCAUGUCAACAUUUCGAAGACUGGAGGUAAAUGGUAUUCCUGAGGAGAGAAAAGUGGCCGAGGCACUGAAUUUAUGACCAGAAACUGUUCCACAUAACUUUUUUUUUUUUUCCUAACAUGUGCCAAUCUGCAUGUCUCACCUGUAAGAUUUUAUUGUCCAUAUGCACUUAAACCUUGAUUAAAGACUGCAAUAGAAGAAAAAAAAAAAAACCAGCCGAUAAUACAUUUUUGGGAUAUUUGUGUAAGUGUUAAAAAUAUGGCUAAUAUGUUUAUAUCUUUAUUUGCUUUGCACAAAGGAUCUGUAAGAGGGCGAUUAUAGUUGUCAUGUGUUUAUUUUAUGUAACAUGUCAACAAAUAAAUUCUUUUAAAAAAUGUAACUGUCUCCAAAACAAUCAAGACACUAAGUUUGAGAUCAUUGA